AUGGGAAAUACUCCAAAAAUAAUUAUUCGAGAUGCCACUAGCGAUUUUGUGAAAUUUACGCUUUCAAAUACCUGCUUAAGUGUGGCUAAUGCUGUUCGACGAGUCGCGAUAGCUGAAGUACCGACCGUAGCAAUCGAUCUUGUCGAGAUUGUUGAAAAUUCUAGUGUUCUUUGUGAUGAGUUCAUCGCACAUCGUCUUGGAUUGGUACCACUCGUCAGCGACUCUGCCUCGGACUAUAUGCUUCCUUCCGAAUACGUUGGUGAAGAUGAAGCAAAAAUAAAUGUGCACUUAAAUCUGGCAGUCAAGUGUUCCUCCGACCACACUUUAGAUGUCACCACAAAUCAUUUAAUUUGCGCAGACGCAAAAUUUUUACCGGUGAACUUUCAUCCAAUAGACUCUGACUCGAACAAACAGGAACCUCCCGGAGUUCUCAUAGUUAAACUUCGAAAAAAUCAGGAGUUAGUAGUUAAGUGCAUAGCGCGGAAAGGAAUAGGCAAAGAUCACGCAAAGUGGUCUCCGGUAGCGACUGCAGUCUACAAAUGCGAACCAGAAUUAUAUCUGAAUGAAGAACUGACAAAUAAAUUGACAGAUCGUGAAAAACUUGAGCUUGUCAACAGUUGUCCAAUUCCAAUUUUGAGAUUGAAUCAGCAUACGAAAUCUCUCGAAAUUGAAAGGAACGAUUCUUACGCAUAUGAUGAUGAGUGCAUAAAAAAGGCUGAGGAGUUUGGGAAAGGCAAAAUUGUCGAGAUAAAAGCCAAGGAAGACACGUUCAACUUUUUUCUUGAAGGAACUGGGGUUUUGAGACCGGGACGUAUUGUACUUCAUACGUUCAAAAUUCUACUUUCGAAACUAGAUAGUAUCAAGGUGGGUUUGGAAUUGAUUGAGAGAGAAAGUUAG